AUGAAGAGAGCCUCAUCUUUUAUUUGUUGUUCUUCUUUUAAUAGGUAUUUCAACUGUUCUCAAUAUAGUACAUGUAAAGCAAAGGGCUAUGGGAAGAAGCAGUAUACUUCUCUCUUUCCCAGAACAAUUAGAAGAUGUGAUAUCAUCCCCACUGUGAGAAGACAAGGUGAAUGGGACACAAGUUUACAAGUAAUUGGUUUUCCAGAUUCAGUGGGAAUACAUCAAAAUACUGACGUUGGAGAAAAGCCUUAUGCGUACAAGGAAUGUGGAAAAUCUUCUCUCUGUCCUGGUUUACUUUGCAUAUGUAGUAUAACUCAGACUGUAGGAAAAUGUUAUGAAUACAAUCAGUGUGGGAAAGCACUCAGUUCUUCUUUUUCUCUUCAAAGAUGUAAAACAGCUCACCUGGCAAAAGGAAGUAAUGGAUGUGAGCCAAGUAGUAAAAGCUUUAACCAUCAUAGGUAUCUUAAAAUACAGAGCACAACCUACAAUGAAAAGGAUCUCUAUGAUGGUAUUCAAUGUGAUAAAGCCUCUUUACAAUUACACCAAAAAACUAAUUCCAAAAUAACACCCUAUGAAUAUAAUGAAGGAGAUAAAUUCAUCACAUUUCACCGUCAUCAUCACAUAUGUAGAAUGAACACUAGAGACACAAAGUAUGAAUAUCACCAAUGUGGUAAAUCCUUUGCAUGUCCUAGUUACCUUCAAAUACAUGAAAGAAUUCAUACUAGAAAGAAACCCUAUGAAUGUGAUCAGUGUGGUAAAUUUUUUGCAUAUAAAAGUCAUUUUCACAAGCAUCAAAGAACUCAUACUGGAGAGAAACCCUAUGAAUGUGGUCAAUGUGGUAAAGCCUUUUCAUGUAAUGGUAAUCUUCAAAUACAUGAAAGAAUUCAUACUGGCGAGCAACCCUAUAAAUGUAAUCAAUGUGGUAAAGCCUUUGCAUAUAGCAAUAGUCUUCACAAGCAUGAAAGAACUCACACUGGAGAGAAACCGUAUGAAUGUAAUCAUUGUGGUAAAGCCUUUACAUGUCACAGUACCCUGCAAAUACAUGAGAGAAUUCAUACUGGAGAGAAACCAUAUAAAUGCAGUCAAUGUGGUAAAACUUUUGCACGUAACAGCCAUGUUAAAAUGCAUGAAAGAAUUCAUACUGGAGAGAAGCCCUAUAAAUGUAAUCAAUGUGGUAAAGCCUUUGCAUAUCAUAGUCAUCUUCAAAGGCAUGAAAGAACUCACACUGGAGAAAAACCUUAUGAAUGUAAUCAAUGUGGUAAAGCCUUUGCAUAUCGCAGUAGUCUUAGACUACAUGAAACAAGUCAUACUGGAGAGAAACCAUAUGAAUGUAAGCAAUGUGGUAAAACCUUUGCCUGUUCCAGCUAUCUUCAAAUACAUUUAAGAAUUCAUAGUGGAGAGAAACCCUUUCAAUGUAAGCAUUGUUGUAAAACCUUUUCAUAUCGCAGUAGUCUUCACAUGCAUGAAAAAAAUCAUACUGGAGAGAAACCCUUUGAAUGUAAGGAAUGUGGUAUAUCUUUUGCAUAUCUUGGUACUCUUCAAAAGCAUGAAAGAAUACAUACUGACAAAAAAGAAAUUUCCCAGAAGGCUAAUAAAUGAAGUAUACUAUUUCAAACCACAGUCAUUGUCUGCACUGAGCUCUCUCUCUGGUGCUUGAGUAACAGUACAGAUAUUAUAUCAUUAAAAUGUUGUCUCCUUUUCAAAUUGCCAACAUAUUGUCAUCUAAGAAUAAAAGAACCCACUGUCUCAUGACAAUUUAAAUAGUAAAAUCUUGGUGUAAAUGAAAA